AUGGUAGGAGAGGUUGCAUUCGUCUUUCAACUCACGAUAAUAUUUGUUUUCUUGUUUGCACUAGUUCAAGUCUUUUUGUGGUUCCAACCAUUUUUGUUGUUUGCUGUAAAACAACAACACAAAAAUGUACCUCCUGGAAGCAUGGGAUGGCCCAUAAUAGGUGAAACUCUUAGCUUCCUCAAUCCACACAAAUCAAAUACUCUCGGUCGCUACUUGCAAGAUCGGUGCUCUAGGUACGGAAGAAUUUUCAAAUCGCACUUAUUCCUUCAUCCGACAAUUGUCUCCUGUGAUCACGAGCUUAACAUGUUCAUUCUUCAAAAUGAAGAAAAGCUGUUCCAAGGCAGUUAUCCAAAAUCAAUCCAUGGAGUACUUGGAGAUUUGUCAUUGCUUUGUAUUGUUGGAGAUCAUCAUAAAAGGCUCAGAAACUUUGCUCUCAACUUAACAAAUACUUGCAAAUCGAAAGCUGAGUAUAUUAACGACGUCGACAGAUUGACCAUAUCAGUUAUGGAGUCUUGGAGGAACAAAAAAGAACUCCACUUUUGUGAGGAAAUGAAAAAGUUCACUUUCAAUCUCAUAGUUAAACAAAUUCUGAGUAUGGAACCAGAAGAAGCAGAAGCAACAAAUAUAUUAGAAGAUUUUCAUACCUUCAUGAAAGGGUUAAUUUCUCUUCCUCUAUGCAUCCCUGGAACCUCUUACGGGAAGGCCGUUAAGGCUCGACUAAGGAUUCACUCCACAUUAAAGUCUAUAAUGAGAGAACGGAAGCAAGAAAGUAUUAGAAAAGGAGACUAUUUUGAUGUACUUUUGUCAAAUUCAAGCACAAGCGACGAAGAGAAAAUCAGUGUUGCUUUAGAUCUUCUUCUUGGAGGCUAUGAAACCACUUCCACAUUAAUAGCCAUGAUUCUCCACUUUCUUGGACAAUCACCUGAUGCCCUGCAACUGUUGAAGGAAGAACAUCUAGCUAUAAGGAAAAGAAAGGAAAAAGGAGAAGGCCUGAAUUGGGAAGAUUACAAGCAAAUGGAGUUCACCCAAAAUGUGAUAAAUGAGUCUUUAAGAUGUGGAAAUGUAGUAAAGUUUGUGCACAGGAAAGCUCUUAAAGAUGUGCAUUUUAAAGGAUUCCUCAUUCCGUUGGGAUGGAAGGUUCUUCCUAUCUUAGCAGCAUCAAACUUAGAUCCUUUGGUCCAUGAGAAUCCUACCGAAUUUAAUCCAUGGAGAUGGAAUGGACAAGAAAAGAUGAAAAGUUAUGCAGCCUUUGGAGGUGGGCGAAGACUGUGUCCAGGCUCAGAUAUUGCUAAAGUCGAAGCUGCAAUCUUUCUUCAUCAUCUUGUUCUUAAUUUUAGAUGGAGACCUCAAGGAAUUGACUAUCCGGUGGCAUACCCUUACGUGGAUUUCCGUAGAGGCCUCCCCAUAGAGAUUGAGCCGUGCUAGUAAUUGUAAUCGAGUAUAGAGUUUAUAAACACCCCAACAGGCGGCUAGCUUGAGCAACAUCAUUAUCUAAUAAAAACAUGAAGAGAUUCCUUUCUCUCUACAGCUUUAACUAGACCUUACCAAUUCCCCUUAUAAACGCACAAAGGAAUAACUGCUGCAGAUACAAGCGUAAGCUUUCCUUUCGUAUAAUCAAAAACAAAUCCUGA